ACCACUUCCUCGAUGAUAGAAUGAACUCGACGGGGUCAAUGUCGAGUCAGUUGCAUCGUACGUUCACUCGCAUUGAGCAACUUUCCUCGAUCAUCCUCUUGAUCGAUCAUUCGCACGGAAAUGGUUGCAGGAAUCCCCUGAACCGGAGCUUCUGAAGAGGGAAAAACAGUUCUGCGGCACGGAAAAUUCGGGAGGUUGAGAAUCCUAUGAUUUCUCGUGUAUAAAAGAUCGACCGUUUGAACAUUCAGCAUUCAGUCUCAAUCCGGCUUCUGGAACGUACCAAGUAACCAGUAGGAUCCGUUUCUCACGAACCGAGCAAAAUGAAGCUUUCGAUCUUCGCCCUCGCUUUGGUGUGCUCUUCCCUUUACACCGCUCAGGCUGCACCCGGUUGGGACGAGGCACCGACCGAAGAAUCGAUGCCGAGUUUGUACCGUUCCCGUCGCGAGCCACAGGGAUCUGUAAGGCUCGACGUGGAAAAACCUCUGAGUGGACCAAACAGAAAUCCUUCGAUCGAUCUCUCAUACAAUCAACGAUUGAUCAACAACGGAAGAACGACUCUGGAUGCUUAUGGUGGCGCCAAUUAUCGGGAUCGACACGUCUCACCCCAAGCCGGACUCAACUACGAGCACAGAUUCAAAAACGAUAUUUUCCUCAGUGGACAAGGCCAAGUACGCGAGGGACCUCGAGGACGACUCGAACCGUCUUUCGGUGCUGGAAUCGGGUGGAGAUUCCGUCGUGAAGUCAUGCCCGCCGAAGAAGAACAAGAAGAAGAAGAACUCGUCGAAGAAUUGGCUUAAAAAGCAAUGCGAAACGUUUCGACAGACCAAUUUGAAAUUUGAUUUAUCAGUUCUCGCGAAUAACUUGGUUCCUAUUAAUUUUACUUUUGCCUUUGUGUUCAUUCCAAUUUUUAAUGUUUCCGUACUUUGAAUUUGAAUUUAAAUUUAAUUUUUUAUUAUUAUUAAUUAAAUUUUAAUUUAAUAAUAAUUGAUGAAGUUGAAUAAAGUACUCCUGCCAAUACGAAA